AUCGACAAUAAAAGUCCAAUAUAGCAAUGGUCAGUUAUGACGUUAUUGUGGUGGGGGCAGGGGUGGAGGGAUCGGCUACAGCCUAUACCCUCGCUAAGAAUGGACAAAGAGUGAUGCUUCUGGAACAGUUUCCACUCCCGCACACACGAGGCAGUUCCCAUGGACAAAGCCGCAUCACGCGUGUUGCUUACGCCAGUGACGACCAUUACGCCGUUAUGAUGAAAGAAGCUCACAUGCUUUGGCGACAACUCGAACAAGAAUCCAACUCCAGUAUAUUCGAAAAUUGUGGAUAUCUGUCUGCUGGUACCCCUGACGACCCUUUUAUCAAAGAUACAGUAACGUCUUUGAGAACGCAUGGGGUUGAACAUGACGUCAUCAGUCACAAUGAGCUCCAUCGUAAGUAUCCAAUGAUCAACGUUCCUACGGGGGCUAUCGGAGUUCUUGACCACAGCGGGGGGAUACUGAAGGCGAAUAAGGCGCUGUAUGCAUUCCAGGAUGUGUUUAAACGCCUCGGGGGAACAAUAAACGACGGAGAACAGGUAUUUCAAAUAAUUCCUGGAGACAUUAUAACCGUAAAAACCUCCAAAUCGACGUACCAGGCUCGUCACGUGAUAGUUACGGUCGGCCCAUGGGCACACAAGUUUUUGUCAUCUCUGGGUCUACGUCUUCCACUGAAGGUGAUACGGAUAUCUGUGCACUACUGGAAAGAGAAAUGGAGAGGUCAAUAUUCAAUGCAAAAGUUCCCAACCUUUAUGUAUGGAAAAGUAUACGCUAUGCCAUGUUUUGAAUAUCCUGGACACGUCAAGGCAUGUCUUCACGAUGGACCGGAGAUAGACCCCGAUGACACGGACGCAGUGAAUACAAAUGACGUCACCGAGACAGUCCGGAAGUACGUGUCUGAACACCUUCCGGGACUGGAAACGGCUCCUUCGGUGACCGAAACAUGCAUAUAUACGAUGACUCCAGACAGACAGUUUAUAUUAGACAACCAUCCCAAGUGGAAAAACAUAAUCAUAGGAGCUGGAUUUUCUGGUCAUGGAUUUAAGCUGGCUCCUGUUAUUGGUAAAGUACUGACGGAACUUGUCCUCAACAAAGACCCUUCGUACGAUUUGUCACGAUGUCGGAUCCAAAGAUUUCUUCUUCCUAAGCACCAGUUAUAGGACGAGGACUAAGAAUUUACUUGCUGCACAAUCUAAAUAAUUUUAUUGAACAAAACCAUGCAUAUAAAAAUCAACGUGUACGCCCAGGUCACAUGCUACCCACAGUAACAGUGGUGAUUUGAUAACGCGACCGCUAGUAAAGAAAAUUCACAAAAACAUAGAAUCAUCGGAUUGAAUGAAGAUGCUUAGUGUUGGAUUUCAAGCGCUUAUUCUUCCUUGACGUGCAAUUACAUGUGUUAUUCCCCUUCCACAAUAAUUUUGCUGAUUUAUAGUUUACUUUAGAAAACAGUUAAACAUGCUAGU